AUGGACCAUCGACCCGGGUCCUCGCAUGAGGACCGUUUGCGAUCAGAAUCUACCGACUGGGCUGUUAAAUCAGAACAGGCAGUCAGUUCUCCAAGAACAGCUGUUUCAGACCUCGCGACCGCACCUUUCAAACCAUCACCAACGCCACUCCCUUCCACAGAGACACCCGAUUCUGCAGCUACAGCCAUGGCAGUGUCAGCAAAGAAGAAGGGCACAGCAACUGUUAAGAAGGCCCCAAAGCGACCAAGGCCCGGUGACGCCAAAAAGAAGAAGAAAGUGAAGACCGACUCCGCGGCGCCAGAUGUUGAAGAAGCAUCCGGCGACGAGGAAUCCGACAACGGCCCAUAUUGCCUGUGCCGGGGUCCAGAUGACCAUCGCUGGAUGAUCUGUUGCGAAAAGUGCGAGGACUGGUUUCAUGGCGAGUGUAUUAAGAUGAACAAGGAGAUUGGAGAGAACCUCAUUGAGAAAUUCAUCUGUCCAAAUUGUUCCACUGGCGAGCUGGCCACUAUUUAUAAAAAGACGUGUGCGCUGGGAGCCUGUCGCAAACCAGCGCGUUUGGGCCAAAGUCAACCGAGCGUGUUUUGUUCCAAUGAGCACGCGCAGAUGUGGUGGGAGAGGAUGGUUAGCAGGCUGCCGAAAGUGAGAGGUAAGAACGGGCUCAACGACCAGUUGGGGCAAGAUGAGUUCAUGGCGCUUCUCAACAGCAACCUGGGGUCGACAAAUGAGCAUGGCAUGUGGCAACUAGUCAAAAAGCCCUUUUCGGAUGACCCGACAAACGGUGCAAAUGGGGCAGGUGACGAAGCAUUCUCAAAGUUAUUGAGCGAAGAAGAACAAAAGUUCCUCGACGAAGCACAUAGGGCACGCUUCGACCUGGCUGAAGAGACGCUCCUUUGUCACAAAAUGUUUACUCUGAUUGAACUGGCCCAAGAACGACGACGAGCAGCAAUUACCGCCGGACGAUUUGGAGACGAUAUCUGCGGUUACGACUCAAGAUUGGACGCCGUAUCUGCAAGGGACGUAUUCUCUGCCUUCGUCAAGUCACCCGAGGGACAGGAAGUGUUCAAAACGUCAAAACUGCGCGAUCCACUAGGCGAAGACGACGAAGUGAGGGGCAUGUGUGAGCGGAAGCGAUGUAAGGCACAUAGCGGCUGGCAAAAGAUGCUCCCCUUGGGGAUCAAGCAUCAGAUUCGGGAAAUGGCGGGCCAGGCUGCAGAAGUGGAAGAGGAGGAGAAAAUUGUUCGAAAAGCGGUGGGGGAGAGAUGGAAGAGGAGGCAAGCGGAGAGUAAUUGGGUUGAGACUUUGGAUGGAUAA